ACUGCCGCUAGCUCGAUUGUGGACACAAAAAACUGCGAAAUCAAGGAGAGGGACAGCGCCCAGAAUAACUGUAAACCUCUGCUAACUGCGUGGAGCAUCGCGUUGGGAAUGAGACUCCGGUCAUACCCUCCGGCUGGUCGGACAUUAAAACAGAGGACAUGUCCUUCGGGUUGUUAAAGCCACAGCGCUACACUCAACUCUCCAGGCAUGCUACAGUGGUGACAGUCUCUCUCUACUCAGCAGCACUGUUUGAUCCAAGAGAAACGUGCCUUGUAAGGAAGCAGGAUGUUCACAGGCUCCACCAAACUGCCACCCACUAAAAUCCCCCAGCCCGAGCGGCUGGAUGAAGUGUACGCUGCCUUACGCAGAGGCUUACAGUCGUACCUGCAGGUCCACCAGCUGGAGCUGGACAGUCUGGGUCAGCAGAUCAGAGAAAACAAGAGGAACGAUCGUUUGGGGUCCUUGUAUGAGUUAGAUAAGCAAGUGAAAGCCAUAGAGCGGUUUAUGCGUCGCUUGGAGUUCCACCUCAGCAAGGUUGAAGAGCUGUAUGAUGCUUAUUGUAUACAACGACGACUGCGCGACGGAGCGAGUAAGAUGGUGGCGGCCUUUAACUCCGCCACUGGCAGCAAGGAGGCCAGAGAGAGCCUGAGUGAAGCCAACAAGGGCUACAGGGAAUGUACAGAGCACAUGUGCUCACUUGAGAGUGAACUAGAAAGCCAUAUGGGAGAAUUUCAUGUAAAAAUGAAGGGCCUUGCUGGCUUUGCACGGUUGUGUGCUGGUGACCAGUAUGAGGUCCUAAUGCGUUAUGGGCGGCAACGCUGGAGGCUACGAGGCCGCGUGGAAGUCAGCAACAAGCAGAUAUGGGACAGUGAAGAGUACAUCUUCCUGCCUCUCGUCACAGAGCUGCUUUCAAUCAAGGUGACGGAGCUGAAGAGCUUGGCCAAUCACGUGGUGGUCGGCAGUGUGUCCUGUGAAAUGCUCGACCUGUUCUGCCCACUUCCCCAGACGCUCGCCGUGGACAUCAACGACCUCGGGACGGUGAAGCUGAACUUGGAGGUCACCUGGAGUCCGUUUGAUAAGGAUGACCAGACAUCAUCCUCCAGUACAGUUUCCAAACGACUGCUGUCCAAUCAGAGCCCUCCGGACACGCCCUCUAUGCGGGAGCAGGUGUUUUAUUCUUUGCUGAAGCGACAUGGAGAAAUGGAGAACGGGACGGUCUGGUCCAACUCCUCUGAAUCCUCUGAUGACUCCUCGAGUCCGGCCUUGGCUCACCACGCUCAGAGGCUGACGGCCUCCAACAUGCUGCAAACCACUCUCACCACUCAGCUGUCGCUCACGCCGCACAAGUCCAGCGCAUCGACGCCGUCGCUCUCCUCCAACCAAGAGGAGGAUGAGACAGAAGCCGGGGAGGUUUUCUCUCAGGCAGAUGCGGUGCCCAACGGCCAUCUGCAGACUUCCUGCUCUCAUAGCCUCAUUGGCGAGAGUAGCCCAGACUGUACUGUGACUGAUAGAGCGUCUGUCCAAUCAGCUGACCUCUCUGAAACCUCAGCAGACCUGAGCUGCUCAUGCCCUGAUGUUUCGUCUGUACGUCCUUUGUCACUGACGGAGAGACCCGAUUCGUCUGAAAUUGGCGUCCCACAAGUGAGUAUUUCAGCGAAGGGGAUAAAAGAUGACGCGUCUGAGGACUCGUCAGUACAAGCUGCACAGACUGAAGCAGAAGCAGAGGACAGCACCACUGAAGCAGGAGAGGGACACCAGGUAGAAGCGUCAGAGCCUCAUCAGUCCGUCCAGGAGUCCAAACAACCAGAGGACGCUCCGACGGUUCCUUUUCCUACUUCUUCUAGUUUCACUCAGGAAGUCGAGACGGCCCUCGAAAGUUUCGACUUUCUCAACUGCUCUGACCUCGAUGAAGACGAGGAGGAAAAGGAGGACGAGCAACAGCAGGAAGAUGAAGGAGAAAAGAACGAGGAUGAUGGGCAACGUGAAAAGAACCAAAACAUAAUGGAGGAGAAGAAAGUGGAGGAAGAAGAAAAGGACGUAGAGAACUUUUACUCUGGAGGAAGCGAUGAGGAGGAGGCAGACGGUCUACAGAUCCUGAUGGAGGCCCCAGAAGGAUUUAGGAACUCUGAUGAAGAUCGUUUCUCCGAAUCACAGGAGUCAAGCGGGGAGGACGUGCAGGAUUUGGGUCGGAUGGAAAUGCCAGAGGAACAGGAGGAGCACAGCAAGGAAAAGGGAGAUGAACAACAGAGAGAGGACACAUCACAUGGUCAGGAGGAGCGUCCCUCUUCUCCCAGCCAUUUGGCCACCACUGUCUUCAAAUGACACAGUGGAACCAUAGCUAAACCAUUUCUCCCACUCUGAUCAUCCCUCUUACUCUGCGGGAUUGGAGGCCUUGAGGAUGUUCCACUUACUGCUCAGACAAACAGGCUCUUCCAUUAUGGCUGAGUUUGUGCACAUAUUUGCCUUGUUCUGACCAAGAACGAUAAACCUCAUGACUGAAACCCCCCCAAAAAAAACCCCUCCAAAGUUCUCAUUCUUUGAACACACACUCAUCACAUUGCCUGGGUUAAAGUGGGAUACCACUUAGUUUACACUUUCAUAAACUGUUCCUGUCAUGUGAGAAUUAAGUGUCCAAAAUGUAAACAUUUCAGGAACAGGUAAAAGCGGCCUUGUUUUUGGCUUUAUUACAGUGCAUUUAUGAAGUAAUCUAAUAAUUCUGGAAAGGGUUUUACAAGUUGAAGUUGGUGGAUUUCUUCAAUCAGAGAGGCAUACAAUUACAUUUCAAGGUUUCAGUAUCAGUAUUCGUGGAUGUGAAAAACUAUCAAGGUUAUAAUUUUCAGUGUUAAAUCAGUGUACUGCCCAGAGCUCUUCCACUGGUAGUGGGAGAGCACAAAACUUCAUGAGCAUGUGAUGUUUGUCUGAAGAUUGUUUUAUCGCCGUGCUGUGGACAUGAAGUCAUUUCUAAAGCAGGAAAUGUAUCCUGAAAACCAACAGGAUCUUUUCAUUUUAGGCAUCAGAGACAGUUAUAUUCAGAGAUACACAUGGAGUGCACAAGUUACAUUCAACCUUCAAAGCAACAUAAGUAAUAUUAAGAAUGAAUAUAAACACUUGAAGGAAAGGAGUCGAACUCAUUUUGGUCCACUUCUUACAAACAUUAAAAACAAUCUGCAGUGUAAAAACUAUAUUUAAACCUGCAUGUGUAGCUGCCUCACACUGUCAGCAUGUCUGUAUAAAAAGCUCAACUGAUCAGUUUUAAGUGUGUAAGCUAGGCUCCUGUGCAAGGAAGCCAUCGGGUCCGUAGCUGUGUACAAAAGCUGCCUCACAGGGGCGCUAUAGUCUUUCAGCAUCAUGCUUUAUGUUGUUCUACAGAAGCCUCGUCAUUCAUUCAGAAAGUGCCUCAAGAGACAAGAGAUGUUUGGUUUUUAAUGCCACGACCAGGACAGAUCAGGCAAAAGAUAACAGUGUUUAUUUUCUGAAUUACUUUAAGAGUGUGCACAAUAAGAUAUAUUUACUGUUUCAUAUAAAGAAUUGUAUAUGUCUUGAAAUGUUAAAAUGUUUAUGUUCAGAAAUGUUUAAACUUUAUAAAGGUUUCUUUAAAA